CUGACAACACCAAAACAUUCACGCUAACCAAUCACACGUAACAGGCAUGGCGUCUACUGAAGUGGAAGACUUAUACAGACGACUCCAGACAUUCCAACUGCAGCUGAAGGUGAUACUGGAUAGAAAUAAUGAAGUACUUAGCCACUUGGAGCAGGUUGAAGCCUCAAUCACUGGACUGGACAGCUCCGUUGUCAAUAAGGAUGCAAUCAGAGGAAGUAUAAAGGUUUGCAGAGUCUCUAGCAAACAGGUCCAGGAAAUUGCUGAGAGUCAGUGUGGAAGUCUUGAGGGACAGAUAAGAGAACUAGCCAGAUACUCAGAUGAUGAUUUACAUGGUGAUAUUAACAGGGUCCCAGACACAACCUUCUCUUCGGUCAAACAACAGCUGAUGUCACAGUUGGAUUACAAUGUGGCGUUGCAGAAGGACAAGGCCGCACUGGAGACGAGGCUUGCCGAGAAGCUGGAAAAGUUGGCACAGGUCAAUAAGAUGAAUGAAACACUGCAAGGGGAUGUGGAGGAAUCACAGGAAAAGAUGAGAAGUGUCCUAGAGAGGUUGGACAAGACAGCAAAGGAUGCUGAAGACAGACUAGAUUGUCUGGAGAAAGAAACCAAGAAAGCGCAGAAGGCAUCUGAGGAGUACCAGAGAUUGUAUGAGGCAGAGAAGCAGAGAGUUGAACACUAUGAAAAGGAAAGAGGGGAGAACAGGAAUCCAGCAAAGAGGAGGCAAGCCAGCACUUCAUCCCAUCGAGACCUCACUGCUAUGGCUAGGCAAACUCGCACUUCAUCAACCACCCCAUAUCUCUUCCAAGCCCCUAUGACCAGAGUCAAGUCAGCUGACCGAGUGAGACCCAAAGACAUGGACACCAAGUACUUGUGUCUUGUGGACAAGAACAGAAGUCUUCACAUGGAGGUGCGACGACUUCGGGAUGAGAACGCACACCUGAUGAGGAGCAGCAAAGACUCCAAGAGAGAUGUGGAGAUCAUCCAGCGAUACAUUGCAACCUGCCAAACUCAAAGAAAUGAGCUACAAGUCAGACUGCGACGAGAACAAGAAGAGCAUCGUAGACUGGCAACGUCCAUGAACAAGCAAGCCUCUAACUGGAUUUCAGAGAAGAAGAUGGUGCGUGGAAUGGAAACAACGAGCAAAACAGCAAAGAUACAAUCUGAGUCAGUGCUUGGAGCAUCCAGGAGGCUGAAGCUUCACUCAGUCAAGCUUAACGAGGACAAGCCAAGAGACAUUCCAGUUCAGUCUUGGUGAGCCCAUCACUCACUGGGUCUCACCAAUCAUAAGAUGCCCACUUUGAAAGGGUAGGUUUGAACAUUGCAUGGAUCGACAGGUGCACCCUCUAAAAAGUUUUACUUUAUGCAGCAUUGCAAAAUGUAGCCUAUGUUGGUGCCUGUUUGAGUUAUAAUAGCAUACAUUAAACUAUUAUGUAUCGUGACCUUAUCCAGUACCAUGAAUCCAUGCAUAUUUUACACUCAGUUAUAAAAAGGCAGAUGAUGCAAUUAUUGACGGAUAUUUUUGAGUCAUUUUUGCAGUUUUCUUGUGUUGAGGUGCGUUCUUUUCUUGUCUUCGGAAGAUAGCAAUCAUUGACACUCCACUUGUAAUGUAUCCUGCAAUGUAUGUCAGCAAGUCACAGCAUUAUCUCGAAAACUAUUGCUGUGUCCAAAGCGGGCUUCUAGAGCUACGGCUAGGUCUAUUGUCUGCACAUCUCUGUGUGUUUCCAAUGUAGUGAAGACCUAGACCUAGCUCUAAACAACAGAUUCAGAUGCACCCUAUUACAGCGAUUAGAACUAGUAGCCAUUACUGCCAUGGUACAGUACUCUUGGGUAGUUAAUGCAUGGUGCUAUAUGUCUCCUCAACCAGUGUAAUGACUUACCCAAAUCCACGCAGCCUUAAAAUUUAAGACCACAUGAGAUGCGCAUUUGAUACCGUUAUGCUCAUUAUAUAUGCUUGGAAUUUAGCCCUCAAUGGAACCCAUUAGCAACUUCAAGUUAUUUCACCAUAUGGUCACACUUUUGAUAACCUCAAAGCAAUAUUAUAGUAUUAUAUUCAAUCCACCUGUUGGUACCAUCAAAUGCAUAAAGUAUUGAACUAUGCAGCAGUCUGUCGUCUUCGUAUUCUUGGACAAAAUGUAAAUUUAUUUUGAGUAUAUGUGCUUGGUGCAACAUGGCAUUGUUAUUAAAGAUGUUAUUACCUAUUGCAAAAUAUGUGAACAAUUUUAUAUUUUCUUUGUGGAGACUUUAUUUAGGCUAAUUUAACCUGUCUAGUUACUGUUGCAGCAUCACAGAUGUUGUCAUUGGUCUCUGGUUAUUUUGUUGGGUUAAAUUGUUGAAUCUCUGCAUGUUGCAUGCAUUAAAUUGAUUUUACAUAACUUCUCAUAAAGAUAAGGUAAUUGUCUAAGUACACUGUGAAAUUAUGAAAAAGAUUUUUGUAACAAUACUAAAUUCUUAAAAUGUUAAUUUUAGUCAAUUAAGUUAAUUUUUCACCAAGUUUACACCAUGCAGCAUUAUUAGUGAUUUAUGAUUUUGAGAAGUCCAAGUAAAAUUUUUAAAAAUCAGUGUACAUUGACAACAGUCACAAUUGAAAUUGUUGAACCGCAUUUGACUUGUGUAGAAGUUCUAUGUAAGUUGAAAAUUAGACCAAUCAGACUUGCUAAAUUGUGUCUUCAAAAUGAUUGCAAGAUUAUAUUUCGUAGAUCUGCACAAACCUUUGGUUCGAAACAUCGACUCUGGAAUUUGAAAUUUUUCUCAUAUUUCCAAAGUUUCACAUGGUUCUUAGUGACAGAAAGUAUAGGCUCUGGGAAAGAAAAAUUGCAAAGUAAAAAUUUCCAAGUCAUGUCAUGGCAUAUUAGCAAAAGUAACUGUUUAGGAACAGAUGAUAAUCAAGAAGUGAUAUCUGAGAAACAACCGGACUUCAAAAUGUAAAUUAUUGCUUUUGAUGCAUGAUUUAUUGUCCUUGGAACAGGUCAGAUUCUUCAAAGUAUUUAUGUAUUUUGAAAUUACAGCUGUUAUGUUCAGUAUUCAAUAUUUGUAAAAAGAAUGUGAUUCCAAGUUUACAAUAGAAUUGUAUUCUAUGCAUGUCUUCAUAAUUUUAUACUUUCAUUAUUUUGUAUUAGCAUUUUUCUGUUGAAGUAUUACAAAACCAGCAUGUUGAAAAUUAAGAUCAUCGUUCACAUCAAAGAAUGUAAUGAUCAGAUGUAUAUUAUUGGCCUCUGUGAUCUGUUUUAUCGUCAGUUCAGUUCUCUAUGGUUUGAAUAGGCCUACCAUAUGUACCGAUGAUGUCAGUCUCUUGUAUACAUUAUGCACUUUGCCAUGGAGUCAGUGAGAGCCUAUGGUCCACUGAGCAUGAUUGGAAAGCACACAGGUAAACCAAAGUGUGUUGUCAUCAGUAUGGCGGUCUGUUAAUGAUGUGGGUCACAACGUACAUCACACAGGGCACGAAAUUUGCCAAAUGAAACAGGGUUAGAAUAAAAUGAAGUUGUGAGCUUCUUCAUGCAAUUGUUUAACGAGCCCAAAGCUGAACGAUGAACCAACAGUAUUACAUUUAGUAUGCAUUAAUGGUAUUCUUUUGCAUGUGUUUUCCUAAAGUAUUUUGUAUGUGAUUUUGUUCAAGCUUUUAGCAAACUUAGUGCAGAGUUGAAAGAAGUUUUGACCAUUUUUAAUAUGUUCAUACAUGCAUUAAACCCUUUUGUUGGUGAGAAUGGUCAAAUAAUGGCCACAGAAUAUAGCAGAAAUGUACUUGUGUGGGGAUAAUAUCGGUAACAAUAAGUUCAUCAGGAUAUAGACAAACUCCUGAGGUCCUAGCUGACCACCAUUCUCCUUGUGCUCCUCUGAAAUAGGUGUAUUUUAUCAGGCAAAAAAUCACAGCCUUUGUAGAGUUUUGUUUAGUUUAAAUAGCCAGUUGUGUCAUUUUUCUCUAAUGUACUACUAAAUUAGAAAUCAAGUACUAUGUGGAAACUGGGUAUUGGUACCAUAUCACAUUUGGAAGAGUAACAAAGUUUGUAUCAACUAACAUAUGCAAGAGAAAGUUUUGAUAUUUCAAAAGUCAUUUCUACGAAUAGUUUUCUGUACCAAGACUUCUGGUUGAAACUAUCAGUGACGUAAAAGGACUUGUCAAGAUGUGAAUAUAUGUGAGUAACGAUGAUCAAUCAUUGGACAGGAAAACAUUAUAAAGCUUUAUUUUGUAUUUUAUCCAUCACGUGUACUGGAUUAUGAUUACUACAUUCCAUUUUCCCCUUUGAAAGAGCUAUUUUUUGAAGAAAUGAUUAUCUUGCAUAAUUUCUGCAGCAUUAACUCUAAUGUGUAUCUUUGUAUUCUCAUAAAUUUAUAAUUAUAUUUCCACAUGUAAGAAUAUAUAUUGGUAUAUCCAAAAUGGGAAUCAGUUCAGCAGACUGUUGACUGUUUAACAUACUGGUCAUGCUAUUGUGUAAGUUAUGUUGUUCUUGGGUGCUGUGCAAAACAGGGUCAUUUCCUACAUUUAGGAUCAGAUACCAUUUACGUUUUAUGGUGUUGAGACAUUGGUUCUUGUCUCUAAGAAUGUGUGCUAAGUAUCUGCUGGUAGGGAAAGUAUUUUGUUAUUCCCUUUGUGAAAAAAAAUUAAUAUGACAAAAUAUAUUCCAGAAAUUUUAUUUUCAACA